AUGGCGUGUUUAGCGGCAGGGACAGGGGUCGUUGGUUGUUGUCCUCUCACAGUACAAGGAGGAGGCUCGUCGUUGUCGCCGAGAUCGGAGGCUUUGUUGUUUUCGAAGGUAUCAGUACUACUACGGAUGGGUGAGGCUAAGAAGGGUUUGACGGUGAAGGCGAUGGCGGUGGCGCCGAAAUUCAUAGGGACGCAGAGGAAAGAGCAGCAGCUGGCGGAGAUGAUAGAGAAGAAGGUGAUAGAAGUGAAGGAGGUGUGCGGUGAGGAUGGGAGAUCGGACGAGUGCAAAGUGGCGUGGGACGAAGUGGAAGAGAUUAGCCAAGCCAAAGCCGAUCUGAGGCUCAGAAAUAAUUCCCAAUUUUGGCCUGGAGGUUGUGAACUACUAAUUCAAUUGUACGAAAUCCUUUUGAGGGCUCCUGGCGUGUUUGGGACACGGUUUAGUGGGGCUGGAUUUAGAGGCUGCUGUCUUGCAUUUGUAGAUGCUGAUCGUGCCGAUGAAGCUGCUUCAUUUGUCAGGGAGGAGUAUCGCAAGGUUCAACCAAAGUUUGCUAGCCAAAUAAACGACAAAGAGGUAAUGAUAUGUGAAGCAGGAGAUUGUGCACGUGUGAUCUGA